AUGGAACGAAUUGUUGGAACUAAAACUACGAAAAAGACACCAUUUGAGAUGGUAUUCGGUCAGCAAUCUCGGUCUGACGAAGAUUUUUGGAAACGUAUUCAACAGCAAAUGAAAGAAAAUGAUGAUAAUAAUUCGGCUAUACCUGAUAUCGAAAAAGGUAUUAUGUUAGAAGAAAAGUUGCCACUAGAAGCAGCAACAUUAUUUGACGAAUUUGAUAAAACAGUCUCACAAUCAGAUGAUGAUAAUGAUGACUUAUAUCCAAUGUACGAUCGUCAUAAGAAAAUUCGAGAAGAAGGUGAAAAGUCUUAUCUUUCUAUUGCUCAGUCACAAUUACUGAAAUAUAUUACAAAUUCAACUAAACGUCAAAGGACAUAUGUUAUUGGCGAUAUAAUUGGCUCAAAUAUUUCUGAUGUUGCUAGAACAAAUAUUUCCUCCACAGUAUCGCCGUGUAAAGUAGUACGAUGUAAUACUGGACAUGGUAGCAACACAAACUGGUAUUAUCAUAGAAACUUUUGAAUCGGUUACUUUUCUUGAUCUUACAACGGCGAAUUUUGCUACACUACGCGUCCUAAAUACUGAUUUAUUCCCACUGAUAACCUUUAUACAAGCUUGCCAAAUUUAUAUCAAUUUUAAAUCGGCAGAUAUAUGUAAAUGCGCUGGUGUCUGUAAUACAAAAUGAUGUCCGUAAAAAAAAAUUGUCAUAAAUGUUGUACAAAAUGUCAUGGGGAAAAAGCAACAAAAUGUGAAAAAAAACAUAUUUAUGCUCGUUUUUGUUUUCGUGCUUUGUUAAACUUCACAGUAUCAAAAGAAAAGAGGCUGCUGCAAGAAGGAUAUAAGUUAAUUUUACGGAACGGCACUGCAUUGUAAUACAGGCUAGUUCAGUUUGAAACACAACUACUUCGUUUUGAACUGCAUUAUUGAUCCAGUUGAGUUUCAAAUCCACCUAGUUGGCUUUGUCAGUUCAGAUCCAAAUUUUGAUUAGACCUAGGCGAAAUCAAAAUUCUGAAAUGUACUAGUUCAUUUUCAAACUGCUUUUCCAACGAACUACUUCACAUUAAAAUUUCGAUUUCACCUAGUUUUUAUAAAAUUUCGAUUUGAACUACUGUCCAUUUCAAAAUAGAAGGCGUAUAAUGUGUUUCUUUCUCCAGUACCAUUAGUUUAGAAAAUUUUUAUAUUUUCUAGAACCGUUUAUAGAAAAGACAUAAAGUUGAUAGUCAAAUUUCAACCAGUAUGUGUACGAAUCUAUUUACAUCAGUUACAGCGUCAAAUGUAAGUAUAGACUAUAACGAGUUAUGUACCAGAGAUUUGUAUUUGAUUUAUACGUAUGAAGCGAGAUAUGCGAAAUAUUGUACGAGUAACCAAGAUAAAGAAUUACUCAACAAAAAAUGCAGCGGAAUAAUAACAAAAUUCAAUAAGAGUAUUACUACUUAUUAGAUUUUUGUGGUAAUAUUAAUAUUGUAUAUAUAUGUCGGAGUUCAGAUUAAAAUCCAGUUGAGUUUAAAACUGAACUAUUGUCCAUUUCAAAAUAGAAGGCGAGUGAUUGAGCUGAAUAACUCGAGAACGCAGACAGCUAUCGAGGUCGGGUUUUCGCUAUCAUGUAGUGAACAGUAGGGAACAUACCCAUAUGUGAAAACAAAACUUUUCAAAUGGAUCUUAAGGGGAUCUGCAGGAAGGUCUUUGGAAAACCGAAUCCACUCGCUGGAAUCAAAAAUUCAUCAAGCCUUCUACUUUUGGUAAGAUGGUUUUCCAAAGACCUUCCUGCAGAUCCCCUUAAGAUCCAUUUGAAAAGUUUUGUUUUCACAUAU